GGUGUUAGGCUUUGACGGCACAAUGAGUUGCCCAUAUAACAAAACAGAAAUAAAAGGAAAAAAGGAAAAUCGAGGGUUGGCUAUAUAAAUUAUAGAUUUGGGAGUGGAAGAACAUGAUGGCGUCGAUGGAGAUUUAUCAGAGAAUCGUCAGAGAAACCAAACGGAGAAGAAAAGGAAGAAGAGAGUGGAAGAUUGAGAUCCCCAAUGAUGUCAUGGAAGAAAUCGUGAUGAGGCUUCCGGUGAGAUCGAUUAUGAGGUUCCAAGCGGUUUCAAAGCAUUGGGAAUCGGUGAUUAAGACAAGAGAUUUUGGGGCAAGACACAUGGCUAAUCAGAGAAGCAAGGAUCCUAAACUCAUGUUUGUCGGUUAUAGUUUUUAUAAUAUCUGUUUUGAUCAAAUGGACUUGGAAACGACUUCUCUUGAAGAAAGCCUCUGUUUUGAUAUUGAAGAGAUUAAUGGUCCUAUCGAGAUCUCCGAAUGCUGCGAUGGCCUUGUCUGCUUCUACUGCUUGACUCAAGCAGUGAAAGUGAUAAAUACGGCCACAGAAACGUUGUUGCCACCACUCCCCUUAGCAAAUUUUCAGCGUCUUCAUAAAGCCCAUCCAGACCCGGAUCUGGAGCGGGAUCUGAGACUUGAAGAUGAUGGUCAGCCUCCUGUUCCAGUUCCAUUCAUAUCAUUUACUAUGUUUGGAUUUGGGAAAGACAACGUCACAGGAAGAUAUAAGAUAGUGUGGCUCUAUAAUAUAUAUCCUGCUACAUUGAACAAGAAGAAGAAGACGAGAUGCGAGGUUUUCGAUUUAGAGGAACGGCGAUGGAGAUUCGUGACUACCAGAGCUCUUGAUCAUCACCACAUCUUGUCUAAUCAGAGGCCACCGUGUGCAAACGGAUCAUUGUACUGGCUCACGGGGGAUGAACAAGGAUACCCAUCAACACAAACCAAGCUCAUAGUUUUCGAUAUUCAUACAGAGAUGUUUCAAGUCACCUCAACACCACCU